AUGGACCCCAUCGAGCCCGUCAACGGCUCGCCCGAUCCCCACGAAGGCCAGCCACCGUCGGCCACGCCUUCCCCCGGACCGACGUCAUACCCCCGACAACGUGCGGCCUCGCUGCGUUCUCGCCGCCCGUCCAUUCGCCUCCAACGCCUGCCCUCGUUUGAGCAAGCCGUUUUAUCCACCCCCCGAUCACAGCAAUCGCAGCAAAAUGGCGAUACCAGCAGAACUCCUGGAGUCGCUCUGUCCCCUCUUCCUUCUAUCCCAGCAGCUUCCGCAGAAGACGAGUCAUGGCAGGGCAACCGCCGUCGCAGCAACUCGGAGCCCCGACCUGGGCGAUGGUCUACACCCAACCCGGCUGCUCUGGCACGGGUGACCACGGGCGGCCAGAUGCGCCCGGUGCAAGAGGAGGCGUCGAGCCCCAUCGUUUCCUCCGCAUCAAACCAACGAAUGCCGGAAGAUGUCCCUCCGCUACCAGAGAUACCGAGACGGGGGAGUCGAACCCCCAUGCGAUGGGCUAGUGGAGUUGGUGUGAACCGCUUCACGCGGAAUCGCGCGUCGACGGUUGGUGGAAGUGCUCCGGCUCAAAACCAUGAGGUGGACGACGAAUAUCGGUCUCAUAUUGUGGAUGUUCUGGAUGUCAUCGAUCCGGAAAUAUCGGCCUUAUCUACCCUCACGAAUGUUCAGAAUUCCUUGUUCAUUCCUAACCUAGGGCCUCUGUUGAAUCGCAACCAGACUUAUACGCUCUCACCGCCAUCGCCUAUGAGAGAACUGGAAUCGACGAGUGACGAGGAACGAGCGGAUGAGAUAAAGGAGCCUGAAGUUCGUCCAUCCGUGGAACAUACCCUUACGUCCGUUAUCGGCGAGGGGGAGGAGCCUCGGUUUGCUGUGCUGCCUGAGGGCAGCAACCUUGCGGGCUGGAGCCCGGAAGAAAUCGAAGAGCUUAAUGACCAUGUCCGGCACAUGUUGCAUUCUCGACGAUCAAAGUUUAAGCGUUCGAUGAAGGGGUUUAGAAAAUAUGUAUCAAAGCCUCUUGGAUUCCUGGUUACUCUAUAUGCCACACUCAUCACACUUUUUGGUCUUGCCUGGGUACUCUUCCUCAUUGGCUGGAUCAACGUCGGAGGCAGGCAAUCCUACAUUAUUAAUGUCAUCGAUAACGUCCUCGUAGCCCUCUUCGCAAUUAUGGGUGACGGGCUGGCCCCGUUUCGAGCUAUCGACACCUACCACAUGAUCUUCGUAGCUCGAUACACGUCCUUGACAUGGAAGAUUCGGCGCAAACGACACCUCCCCGAUCUCAAGAACAAGAACGACCUUCCGUCACGACGAGAAACAGACGUCGACGUCGAACUCGGCGACACCCCGAAGGAUGAAGAAUACGAAUUCACCGUCCUCGAUCCCGUGAGACAACUAAAGCUCAUCCACCACCAAAAUAAGCUCUCCAAAUCCCACACCUUCUACAAACCCCACGAAACCUUCACCCACUACGCCUUUCCCAUGCGCCUCCUCAUCGCUAUCGUCGUCCUUCUUGACUGCCACUCCCUAUUCCAAAUCGCCCUAGGCACCUGCACCUGGGCCAUCAGCUACCACGUGCGCCCCUUCGCCCUAACUACCGUCAUCCUCUGCUGCUCUAUCUGCUGCAACAUCACCGGCGGUGUCCUGAUCAUGAUCGGCGACCGCAUGACUCGCAAGAAAGAUGUCGUCGAGCGCCUCUUCCGUCAGCAACUAACCGAAGAAGCAAUGAAGAAGAUCCGAAAGAAGAAGCGGAAAGAAGAAGAGAGACGCAACGCCGAGAAUAGCGGCGUGUCACGUUCCCAUUCUAUCUCUUCUCAGCGAAAGCUGUCACUUUCACAGCCGAGAGAAGACGAGUAUGAAUCAUAA